AUGAUUAAGGGUCUUUUGAUUGAUAUCAGUGGAACUAUCCAUAUUGAGUCCAAGCCAAUUGUAGGAGCCGUAGCUGCCAUCAACCACUUGAGAGCCAGCAAAGUACCCUUUCGAUUUGCAACAAACACCACUCAAGUAUCUUCCCGGCGUCUUGUUGAUAAGCUCAACAAACUCGGGUUCAACACAACGCGUGAAGAAAUCUUCACUUCCCUUUCAGCCUGUCGUGACGUGAUCGAGUCCCAAGCCUUGAGGCCUCUUUUGUUGUUGGAAAAUGAAGCCUUGGAAGAAUUUGAUGGAAUAGACACCAGCAAUCCAAAUGCAGUAGUCAUCGGUCUUGCUCCAUCCCAAAUGAACUAUGACCAGCUCAACAAGGCUUUUCGUCUAGUCCACCAAGGCGCACCCUUUUAUGCUAUCCACAAAGGAAGAUACAUGGCUGUUGCCGAUGGAGAGUUAUCACUUGGACCAGGUGGAUUUGUUCAAGCUAUUGAGUACGCUACCGGUGUAUCUGCUACUGUUAUUGGAAAACCCAGCCGUGAUUUCUUCUUGGCUGCACUGAGGCAAAUCGGUAUGGAAGAUCGACCACAGGAGGUAGCCAUGGUUGGGGACGAUGUCCAGAGCGAUCUGGGUGGAGGAGCAGUUCAGCUUGGAAUGCAGCGUUGUUUGGUCUCCACAGGAAAAUAUCGCCCAGGAGACGAGGAUGGCCACAAAGUCAUGGUCUUUGGAUCAAUUGUAGACGUAGUAAACACAGUUCUUUCUGACGCACAAUAA